AUGCGCGAAGCUCCCUCUUCAGAGGAAGGGAAUGACUUGAUCUUUGUCCGCUCUUUGAACUUAAAAGCGACUACCGGGGUUGACUUUUGGAAACGCCCUCGACCACAACCUAUCCUACUCUCCAUAUGGCUUAAGAGCUCAGUUGCGCUUGCUGGGUCAACAGACCAUUUACCAUACAGCAUCAACUACGGGACCGUUGCAAAAUCCGUUUCGGCCCUCGUGGAGGACAACAACUUUCACUCCCUUGAACACCUCGUCGAGAAGGUUGCUCGACUAGCAUUGAGCCCAGUGCUGAACGGAGAGUGGGUCAAGGUUGUAGUGGAGAAGCCUAGAGCACUUCUCAGGGCUGAUGCGGCCGGGAUUUCAAUAACGCGCAAAAAAGAGGCAGAUGGCUCGGUGGUUGUAGAAGGCGAGGAUAAGGUCUUUGUAAAGAACCUGAGGCUUGUUACAAUCAUCGGCGUCAACUCUUACGAACGACUUGAGAAGCAAAAUGUAACAAUUAACUUGACAAUGCACAAACCAAACGAGUCCAAGAAAUCAGCCAAUCUUGAGUCAGAACAAUUGGCCGUUGGAGAAACCCAGACCGGAAAGUUUGACCCUUGUUACGACUUCCGUACUGUUGCGCAGCAUAUUACUGAGCACAUUGAGGCUUCGGAUUACAAGACAGUCGAGGCCUUUGUCACAGCAAUCGCCCGCGAGGCCUGCGUCAAAUGUGGUGUAUCGAAGAUUACGGUCCAAGCCGAGAAGCCUAGCGCCUUGACCUUCGCCGAGUGUCCCGGUGUCGAGAUCACAAGAGAGAGAUCUUUCUUUAACCUCGAGGAAUGCUCUAGCGCUGGUGAAGGCAAACACGAUGUUUUUCUCGCCAUAGGAAGUAACGUCGGCGACCGCUUUAAAGCUGUUAAGGACUCGUUAGUCGAACUUGAGAAGAGAGGGAUUACUGUCAAAAGAACAAGCAAUCUUUAUCAGAGUGCGCCUAUGUAUGUUCUAGAUCAGGCAACAUUUCUGAAUGGGGUGAUCCAGGUAGAAACUACUCUAUCUCCUCAUGAUCUACUAAAGACAAUUAAAGAGAUCGAAGAUACCCUAGGCAGAGUAAAGGUCGUCGAAAAAGGACCACGCUCAAUCGAUCUAGACAUUCUUCUAUACGAUGAUCUGACGCUCAAUACCGAGGACCUGAAAAUUCCACAUGCAGCCAUGUUGGAACGAGAAUUCGUUCUCCGUCCCCUCUGCGACAUCGCUCCCGAGCGGGCCCACCCCCUAACUUCCACGGCAUUCAAGCACCAUCUCUCCGCGCUGCCCCCCACGCCGCUCAACACCCCCCCACUCCGCACCUUUAUGUCUCUCUCACCUCACCUGCCUCCCCUCGACCCCUCAAAUCCCCACCGCCCCACCCUUCUCAUGGCCGUCCUCAACCUCACCCCCGACUCCUUCUCCGAUGGCGGCAAGCAUCUCCACUCAUCCCUCAUCUCAACCACCAACGCUUUUAUCGCCUCCGGUGCCUCCAUUAUCGACAUCGGCGGCCAAUCCACCCGCCCAGACGCACAGGACGUCGGCGCCGACGAGGAGAUCCGCCGCGUGAUCCCAGCCAUCAAGGCAAUCCGUGCCGCAGGCAUCACCGUCCCGAUCAGCAUCGACACAUACCGUGCCUCCGUCGCCAAGGCGGCCGUAGAAGCAGGUGCUGACAUCAUCAACGACAUCUCAUCGGGCCGUCUUGACCCAGACAUGUUUGCGACUGUUGCGCAGCUUGGCCACACGUCCUAUCCCGACGGCGUGAUCGCAACUAUUGCGUCAGAGCUUGCUGAGCGCGUCCGGGCCGCCGAGGAGGCUGGUAUCAGGAGGUGGAACAUCGUCCUUGAUCCGGGCCUGGGGUUCGCAAAGACCAUGGCUGGAAACCUCGAGGUGAUCCGGAACUUGGGGCAGCUGACGAGGUGGGGUGGGGACCUGAAUGGGAUGCCGUGGCUGUUGGGGCCGAGUAGGAAGAGGUUUGUGGGGACGAUCACGGGCGUCGAGAUGGCGGGAGAGCGGCAAUGGGGGACAGCGGGUGCUGUGGCUGCGUGUGUGUGCGGCGGGGCUGACAUUGUUAGGGUCCAUGAUGUGGACGAGAUGAAGAAGGUUGUGGAUAUGGCGGUAGCCAUCUGGAGGAGUUCUUUAGCGGAUGUUUAG